AUGGAUGCUUUUGUGAAACGGCUACCGAAAGGUGAUGCUGAAGGUCGAAGUGCUGGACCAUCAAAUCGCCGUGCCUCGCCUGUCAAGGGAAGGCCCUCUAAGCGCUUAAAGACGGGCAAAGACACGGAUUCGGAGUCUGAGGGGCCGUGUGUGCUUCCACUGGAAGAUGAGCCUCGAGAGGCUGCUGCUCUAGAGACAUUGCUCGAUGACAAAGACCAGCGCCGGAACAAGGACCGAGUCACGGAUUUCGAGGUCGCUCUGCCACCAACUGAGGCCAAUGAAGAAGCAAUCGAAGAAUACGAGGCACUCAAGUCCUCCCAGAAUAAUGCUGGAGAAGGGAGUGUUGAAGGAAAGCCCGCUCCGCUAUGGGUGAAAGGCAGGAGCUCGAUCUAUGUCGAUGCUUUCAACCUUGCAUUAGAUACAGUUCUGGAAGAAGAAUCGGCCCUCUUCAGUAGCAGAGAGAGAGAAAUCUUCGACCAGUGGAGGAAGUUGGACUACCAGGCGCAGUACUUAUACGUUCGGCUGUUUCUCCGGAAGACUGCGGCGUGGCAUCGAUCAUCUCGUCUAGGGUAUUUCAACGACAUCUCGGAUCAUAGCAGCGCCAUUGCUACGCUCCAGGAACGUCGACCUCUGCCCUCACAAGACGAAGUAGAGCCGCUCGUAGACAACCAGCUGCCGUCUGUCAUUCCGGAAACCCCUGACGAUGGCGAUACUUUUUCGUUUGCCGAUGCCUCGGAAGACCAUCUCGAUACAGUUGAGGAAGCCGCCUCGCUUCUCUACCUCGACGAGCUCAAAGCUCUAGCCAAGGAAGCCAAGGUCCAUGGAAAGACCAAGAUGGACAUGAUCAAGGCCUUGUGUCGGAUGAGCCAGCAACAGACCGGACUAAUGGCACUGGGCAUUAGUAGACAGGAUAGCGGAGAUUCGAGCACCUCUGGAAGGACAGACCUUGCUGUCACCACAGUGGGCAAGCUGAAAAGGGAGGAUUCCAACCGGGAGCAGCACUUCUUGGCCAAGAUCAUGGCCAUCGUUGGUCCCUGUAUCCGAAUAUCGCCUGUUACAUUCAAACUGUUUGAGAGGGUUCACUUGGUCUUUUAUAGAUCUACAGAAUGGACGGAGAAGUCGCUGACGACAAUCAUACUGGCCAAGAUUGCUAGACGGAGUUUUCCAGAGUACCUUGUCUGCCGGUCCUCUACAAUCUUUGCAUCUCGAUCUCAUCUGCUGGAAUACGAGGCGGCGAUACACAUGGAAGCAGAGGUCGAUAGUGUGCUUGAAUCGAACGGACCCCUGGACGAAAGAGGCUCGCAGAAAAUCCUCGACAUCUUCGAAAGAGUGUAUCCCCGAUGGAAAGCCUUGGUCGAAGAGGAAACAGAGAAAGAACGGCGAGUGUACGAAAUGGGGGAGGGCGCAUACCUCCGAAGAUUUAAUCCAGCUCAUUCAUACACACGAAUCAUCGUGAAAGCUGCAUUUGUUUUUGGCAAAUUGAAGCAGUACGUCAAGGAACAUGACUUGUUGACAGAGCUGCUAGACCAACGGCUCUUUCACUUGGCUCGAAGGGGGGCCUGGUACCAACGCAAAGCUCUCUUGGAAGAACAUUACAUGGCCAGUCUCGACCCGGACCCUAUCACCAACGACUUGGAGCAACAGAAGAAGCGAUGGAGGGCCAUAGCGGUCUCGACCUGUGAGACAGGCCUUCAAGACCCCGAUUGCCAUCUCAUACACCAUUACGACCUACAGAAGCGAUUGGUCAAACUGGAGAAGAGGCUCCGCAUACCGAAACGGCUUCAGCAUGACUUUGGACAUGUACGACUUGUUGACCCCUUGGAGCUAUCUGUUGAAGGAAUCCAACUGAAGCGAACUCCCCCACCGAGGUCCGGAGGCCAGGCCCUAAGCACAAGAACGAUUUGGUUGGAUGAAUCAGACUCUGGCGGUGAGUGCACUGUGGAAGAGAUGUGUCUUGGUCACUUCCGGUCACAGGGGUGGAAGGGUUACCAUGCUGAGGGGGGUAUCAUUCGCACCCUGUUUGCGUAUCUGUUCUACGACAUCUUGUUUCUCUACAUCCCCAACGUUUUCCAGACGGCUUUUCAGACCUGCCCGCUGGACCUGCACACGGACGCCUUCUUCCCUGCUCGGGCCUCAGAGAUCAACCACCGACUCGUGGAGAUUGCCAAUGGAGAGGGCGAACGGAUCCUUCGUGGGGUAUGGGACAAGGAGCAUGAACGACGAACCAGUGUGAUAGGGCUCAAUUGGGAUUUCGAUGUGGAGGACUUGACGGAACUAGUGCGCUGCUUCCAAGGUAGCGCCCUAGCCGCUUUAUGCAAGGUGAUGGCACAGGAAUACAGACAGAGGGGUGGAGGCAUUCCGGACCUGGUCCUCUGGCGACUGGCAGAGACUGCCGAAGCAGACGCCCCAGACGAGGAGCCGGGACAGGCUAAAGGCGAGGUCAUGUUCGUCGAAGUCAAGAGCGCAAACGACAGGUUGAGCGACACGCAGCGGCUAUGGAUCCACGUCCUCACUGGAGCCGGGGUCAAAGUCGCUCUUUGCAAUGCCGUCGCAAAAGAGAUCAGAGAAGUGGACUACUAG